AUGACUACCAUAGCAACUCAUAAGGACCGUAAUUUUAUAGCAAUCAUAGGUGAUGAGGACUCAGUAACCGGACUUUUAUUAGCUGGUGUCGGUCAUGUUGAUGGUGCUAGCAAAAACUUUCUCGUUGUUGAUUCUAAAACAGCUUUAUCAAAGAUAGAAGAGACAUUUCUCGAAUUUACUAAAAGAAAAGACAUUGCCAUCAUUUUAAUAAAUCAACAUAUUGCCGAACACAUUCGUCAAUUGGUAGAUGAUUAUGAUCAGGCUUUUCCAACAAUUCUUGAAAUACCAUCUAAAGAUCAUCCAUACGAUCCGGAGAAAGAUAGCGUUUUAAAAAGAGUACAACGCCUUUUUGGAGAAUAA